AUGGUCACAUAUCUACAUCAAAAUGGAUCAUCGGCCACUAAGCUUGCCAUGAACUAUGCUGCAUCAUUGCCCCUCGUGGAGUUCCUUCAUCAACAUCGCACCGAGGGCUGUAAAAUCAUUGCAUUGUCAGAGGCAGCGGCACGUGGGGAUCUGCCCACCGUCCAGUUCCUUCACCAACAUCGAACCGAGGGCUGCACCGUGAGGGCGAUGAAUAAAGCCGCUGGCAACGGACACCUGGAUGUCGUCAAGUUUCUCAAUGAGCACCGCACUGAGGGCUUCACGACCAAGGCAAUGGAUUGCGCCGCUGGUAAUGGCCACCUCUCAAUCAUUCAAUAUCUGAGAGAACACUGCAAUGCCGAAUGCACCACCGAUGCCAUGGACCAUGCAGCACAACAAGGGCACCUCUCAAUUAUUGAUUACCUGCAAUCCCAUUGCGGUGCAAAGUGCACGACCAAUGCGAUAGACGACGCAGCAGGAAAUGGCCACUAUAACAUUGUUCUACAUCUGGACCGGCACAUGGACAAGGUUGGCUGCACUAUCAAUGCGAUGGACUAUGCCGCGAGUAAUGGCCAUUUGUUGAUGUUAAAGUAUCUUCAUGAGAAUCGAACUGAGGGAUGCUCAUACCGCGCGAUGAACAUGGCUGCGGAGAAUGGCCAUCUCGAGGUCGUUCAGUACCUUCAUGAGCAUCGCACUGAGGGAUGCACAAUACGCGCGAUGGACAUGGCAGCUGAGAACGGCCAUCUCGAAAUAGUGAUAUAUCUUAACGAGCACCGCACAGAGGGCUGCUCGAUCGAGGCCAUGGACAAAGCCGCCCUGUGUGGCCACCUCUCUGUCGUUCAGUAUCUUGACGAGCACCGUACUGAGGGUUGCACGACCGAGGCCAUGGACAGGGCUGCUCUGUGUGGCCACCUCUCCGUUGCCAAGUAUCUCAAUGACCACCGCACUGAAGGCUGCACCAUGGCUGCCAUGGACUAUGCCUGCGAGGAUGGCCAUUUGGACGUAGUCCAGUACCUUCAUAGCAUUCGAACAGAGGGCUGCUCCGAGGCUGCGAUGAACAUGGCUGCAUCGAUAGGCAGCCUUCCAAUCGUUCAGUUCUUGCAUUACAAUCGUACCGAGGGCUGCACGACCGAAGCCAUGGACCUGGCAGCAGGCAAUGGAUUCUUGGACGUCGUUCAGUUCUUACAUUACAAUCGAACAGAGGGCUGCACCGCCAGUGCCAUUGAUACGGCAGCACUCAAUGGACACACACCAAUUGUAAAGUUCCUCCUGGACAAUCGAGUCUUGGAGGAAGCGUCCUGGACUGAUCUAGCAAUAUCCAGAGCGGCAUCACGUGGCAACCUAUCAAUCAUCAAACUACUACACCGACAACAUCCUGAACGUUGUGAUAAAGUCCUCACACACGUCCAGCAAGCAGGCAAGUGUCUACCAGAGUACAUCAUAUUCAUCAAAGGUCAACUUAAGUUGAAUGAUUGA